GGAGCUUGUAAAAUGAACCAAUGACAUUUGUGCGUUGCACUUGAAAGCUCGACGACUCAGGACGUUUCUGUAGACGUGUGAAGUGCUAGUGUUUAUUGACUUUACAUAUUUCUGUCAAUAAUUGUACAAUGACGUCGUGCCCGUUUUUGCGUAAAUUGUCUCCUACUGUGAUUCAAAGAGAUAUUCAACAGUUGAUCCAAUUAAUACCAAGAUGUCCGUUUGCUAGGCGUUUGUUCGAUGGAACUCCACUUUCCAGUCCUAGAAUGUAUUCAGAUGUCGCUAUGGAGCGUCAGUCAGAUGAAUCAUCAGUUUGUAAGAAUGUCUCAGAGUGCUUAUUGAAAAAAUGUCCUUUUACGGUCAAUUCAUAUGACUCAACAUGUUCAAAUGAUUAUCUGUGCGCCCAAACCUCUAAUAAUCACGAAAACGAGAUGUAUCAAAACCAGUUAUGUGGAAUUUCUGAUGACAUAUGUAUUCCAAACACGUGUGCCUUAUUCGCUGGUUGGCAAAAGAGUAUAGUUGCGAGAAAAAGUCUUCAGCCAACAACAGACAUAACGAUAAAGAACGCUGAUCCAGAACAUUCUCAAACAAUCGAUUCGGCGCGUAGUGAUGGUGAUAGCUGCCUAGGUUUCAAUUAUAAUAAGUUUUUCGUGUCUGAAGUAGAAAGAAAAAAAAGAGAUUCUACUUAUCGAGUAUUUAGAAGAAUUUUAAGAGACGCAUCUGAAUUUCCGUUUGCAGAUGAUUAUUCUAGUGGUAUGAAACGUCGUGUAGCUGUCUGGUGUUCCAACGAUUAUUUGGGAAUGAGUUGGCAUCCUAAAGUUCAAGAAGCUGCCAUUUCUACUAUACGUAAACAUGGUGUUGGUUCAGGUGGAACACGUAAUAUAUCUGGUAACUCAUUGUUACAUGAAUCAUUAGAAGCUGAAUUGUCAGAUCUUCAUGGAAAACCUGCAGCUUUAGUAUUUACAAGCUGUUACGUAGCUAAUGAAGCUGUAUUGCAUACUUUAGGAACUCGUAUACCGGAAUUAACAAUAAUCUCUGAUGCUGGUAAUCAUGCAUCAAUGAUACAUGGGAUUCGAACUAGUCGUUGUCCAAAAAUUAUCUAUAGACAUAAUGAUGUGAAUCACUUAACUUCGUUACUUGCAAAUAUACCUAAGGAUUCGCCGAAACUAAUUGCUUUUGAAACAGUCCAUUCAAUGUCAGGUGAUGUUUGCCCAUUGAAGAAUUUAUUAGAUGUUGCUGAAGCUAAUAAAGCACUCUCAUUUGUUGAUGAAGUUCACGCUGUUGGUUUAUACGGUGCACAUGGAGCUGGAGUUGCUGAACGUGAUGGUCAGAUGCAUAGGAUAGAUGCAAUUACGGGUACACUUGGAAAGGCUUUUGCUAGUAUCGGAGGCUAUUUAGCAGGAAGUUCUGAACUAGUUGAUAUGAUCCGAUCUUAUGCUUCUGGAUUUAUAUUUACUACUUCACUACCACCACAUUCCUUGGCUGCUGCACAAACAAGUAUUCAAAUUUUGAAAUCUUCUGAAGGAAAAGAACUUCGUGCAGAACACCAAAAACGAGUAUCUAUCGUACGCCAAAGUCUCCGUCAAGCAGGAUUGCCUGUGAUUGAAGCGCCAUCACAUAUUAUUCCGCUACAUGUCGGUGAAGCGAAACUAUGUACGAAAAUAUCAGAAGAACUGUUAUCCGAACAUAAUAUAUAUGUGCAAUCGAUAAAUUACCCAACUGUAGACAUAGGAGAUGAACGUUUGCGUAUUGCACCUACACCGCAUCAUACGGAUAAACUAACUGAAGAACUAGUGGAUUCUUUAUGUAUGGUAUGGAAAAAAUACAAUUUACCUUUAAAUGUUGAAUCAGCAAGAAAAAUCACCCGACAAGCUGGUUAACAUUGAAGAUAAACAAAUUAUUAAUAUUAUAUGAUUAUUAGUUUAAAGUAGGUGAUCAAACACAAAUUCGAUUGUUUAGUUUUAUUUAUUUCUUCACCAGUUAUUUUCAGUCAUGUAAAAGAAUGUCUACUUAAUUUGAAUAAAAUGUUAGUUUAACAAUUAA